UCAAUCACAUCCUUUCCCCUGAUCUCUUUCCCCUUCAUUCCAAUGGCUUCGCAAGAGCAAGGAAGGCCUUUACCAAAGUUUGGGGAAUGGGAUGUGAAUGAUCCAGCUUCAGCAGAAGGAUUUACAGUCAUCUUCAACAAAGCCAGAGAUGAGAAAAAAACCGGUGGAGCUUCCGGCCGCCAUUCCUCACAGCGAAGAGUUGAUUCUCAUAACGAUAAAAAGAAACAAUCACCCAACUCCAACUCCAAGAAAAGGUGGUUUUGCUUUGGUCCUUGAGAAGGAGAGGUUUCUUAUUGAACUUCAUUGUCAGUCUUCAUGUGUUUAUGAAGCGUCCAAAUUGUAUUGCAGGCUCAAGAAAAAUGGAGUUUCAGGGAUUUGCAGCUUCUGGUUCCUCCUCUUGAUUUGAUUUUCUCUUAAUUAAUUUGCACCGAAAAGUAAUGUAAA